AUGGUCCAAACUCGCACUCUAUCUUUAUUCGCCACUCUCAUUUUGGCUUUGAACCUCUUCGGGGCAACGAUAGCUCAAUCGACCGAGGAGAGUGAUCCUUGCAAGGAGAGUAAAUGCGGGAUGGGGUUCCCAGCUGCGUUCAGCGGGUGUGCGUCCGAACCCGAUCCAGACGCAUGCACCUGUCAACCCAAGCGGCGCAAAGCCUACAUCGACGAAAUGACCAGCUGCUGGCGGGACAAUGGGUGCAAAGACGGUAGAUUUGCGACCGAGGAGUAUUGGAAGGAGGAGAUUGAGGAUAUAUGUAGGGGUCAUAUCGAGGCGGGUGAGGCGGGAGGGGCUUCGGCUACUGGUGACGGUGAUGCGGAUGGUGCGGCUGUUAAGGCCUACGGGGUUGGGUUGUUCACCGCUUUGGGUGUUGCUGGUGCUUUCAACGCUCUUGUGCACAAUUGUUAG